AUGAGACUUCGGGCCCAUCUAGCUAAUGUUGCCACGUUCACCAUUUCGACGGGCGACGACGAGGAUGGAUUGAGGAUCCACGGAACCAUCAAAGUCCCUGAACUGUUCGGCUCCACCUACUGCGUCGAGUCAAAUAUGAACAACAACAUCCAUGUCGAAGUCUCUACUCAAGCAUUUGCGAGCGCUGUUCGCCAGACUUCAAGUUCUCCCACCGAGAUCGUUAUUCGGCUGGCCAAGUUGGGAAGGACACCGUACAUGAGUUUUGUAGCCAAAACAGUCGGACGGAGUGGUGUGGAAUACCAAGUUGAACAGCAAGUGGUCGUGAAGGUCUUGAAGCCUCCCGACCUCAAGGACCUUCCAGAACUCAAAAUACCCACACCCGACACCAUCAUCGCCCUACCGAAAAUUAGCGAUCUCUGCAAGGUUGCCGAACGAUUAAAGAGCCUCUCAGAUUUAAUCACCAUUUCUGCCAGUCGCAACGGUGGAUUUCGACUGGGAAUCACUACUGAGCACGCUCGAGUUGAAACGGAAUGGCGAGGCUUGCACUCCUUCCACGCUCCAUCUACCCAAGUAACCCAAGACGGAACACCGAGGCCAACAUCCGCAUUCUAUGAGGUCACUGUCAAAUCUCGGGGAUUGCUAAGAUGUUUGCAUGCCAAUUUGGGCGAAGUUUCAAUGGCAUAUAUUUGCGAAGGGUCUUGUGUUGCCUUAUAUAACUUUGUUGGUGGUAACGCCCAGCUGAGUGGUAUCGAGGACGGUAGCGAACGGACGGGCUCGCUGGCUACCUAUUUGCCUGCCGUAAAUGAAGAUGUUGAUGACUAA